GCGCAUCAGGCGCCGUUGGAGCCGGAACCCGGUGCGUCUCUGACCGAACCGGCCCGCUGCUCGCGCCCACACUCGCAGAGCCGCGCGCGCCACUCCGCGGGGCCGUGGCCCUGGCCACCGCUCUCUCCGGGCGUCCGGCAGCCGGAGCGCCGCGACAGCGGGAGGUCGCCCGGGUCUCCCCCGGCAAGUCCCCAGCGCCCGGUGCACUAUGCAGGGCACGUGCACCCCCCGGCUCUAACCUGCGCGCUGACGGGAGCAUGAUCUGUGCCCAGGCCGGGGCUGCCAAGGAAUUGAUGCGCGCACACGUGGUGGGUCAUUAUGCUGCUGCACCUGUGUAGUGUGAAGAAUCUGUACCAGAACAGGUUUCUAGGCCUGGCCGCCAUGGCGUCUCCAUCUCGAAACUCCCAGAGCCGACGCCGGUGCAAGGAGCCGCUCCGCUACAGCUACAACCCCGACCAGUUCCACAACAUGGACAUCAGGGGUGGCCCCCAUGACGGCGUCACCAUUCCCCGCUCCACCAGCGACACCGACCUGGUCACCUCAGACAGCCGUUCCACGCUCAUGGUCAGCAGCUCCUACUACUCCAUAGGGCAUUCGCAGGACCUGGUGAUCCACUGGGACAUAAAGGAGGAGGUGGACGCGGGCGACUGGAUUGGCAUGUACCUCAUUGAUGAGGUCUUGUCCGAAAACUUUCUGGACUAUAAGAACCGUGGAGUCAAUGGUUCUCACCGGGGCCAGAUCAUCUGGAAGAUCGAUGCCAGCUCUUACUUUGUGGAACCUGAAACUAAGAUCUGCUUCAAAUACUACCAUGGAGUGAGCGGAGCCCUGCGAGCUACCACCCCCAGUGUCACGGUCAAGAACUCGGCAGCUCCCAUUUUUAAAAGCAUUGGCUCUGAUGAGACUGUCCCAGGGCAAGGACGUCGGAGGCUGAUCAGCUUUUCUCUCUCAGAUUUCCAGGCCAUGGGGUUGAAGAAAGGGAUGUUUUUCAACCCAGACCCGUAUCUGAAGAUUUCCAUCCAGCCUGGGAAGCACAGCAUCUUCCCUGCCCUCCCUCACCACGGCCAGGAGAGAAGAUCCAAGAUCAUAGGCAACACCGUGAACCCCGUCUGGCAGGCCGAGCAAUUCAGUUUUGUGUCCUUGCCCACUGACGUGCUGGAAAUUGAGGUGAAGGACAAGUUCGCCAAGAGCCGUCCCAUCAUCAAGCGCUUCCUGGGAAAGCUGUCUAUGCCAGUUCAGAGACUCCUGGAGAGACACGCCAUAGGGGAUAGGGUGGUCAGCUACACACUUGGCCGCCGGCUUCCAACAGAUCAUGUGAGUGGACAGCUGCAAUUCCGAUUUGAGAUCACUUCCUCCAUCCACCCAGAUGAUGAGGAGAUGUCCCUGAGUACGGAGCCUGAAGCCGCACAAACUCAGGACAGCCCCAUGAGCAACCUGGUGGAGAGCAGCCGCAGGGAGCCCGUGAGUGAUGCGGCAGAGCCCUCCGAGAGCUGGAAGCCAGAGCGGCUGAGUGACGGCUGUGCCCUGGACGGGGCAGGGAACCAGAGCCUGGAGCUCGCCAGGCCAGCUGAGGAAGCGGCUGGCACCACCCAGGGGGGAGAUGAUGGCAUCAUCUCGUUGAGACCUGAAGGGGCCAGGGAGCUCCUGGCCCCAGGGCAAAAAGACACCCAGCCCGCCCUGAGUGAGGAAGAACUGGCGGAGGAGCUGGACCUAGGUGGGGAGGCGCCACCUCUGCUGCUGGAAGACGGGGAAGGUCCAGCCAGCACCGAGGGGCCCAUGGAGGAGGAAGCCGCGGCGACAGAGAUCCGGGCUGGAGGGGAGCAGGAGAAGGACCAGGAGGAGGAGGAGGAGGGCGAUGUGCCUACUCUGGAGCAGGGAGGGGGCAGGCUGCAGCUGCGGGGCUCGGUGAAGAGAAAAAGCAGGCCAUGCUCCUUGCCUGUGUCCGAGCUGGAAACGGUGAUCGCGUCGGCCUGCGGGGACCCCGAGACCCCGCGGACACACUACAUCCGCAUCCACACCCUGCUGCACAGCAUGCCCUCGGCCCGGGGCGGGGGCGGCCCGGAGGAGGAGGACGGCGCGGAGGAGGAGUCCACCCUCAAGGAUUCCUCAGAGAAGGACGGGCUCAGCGAGGUGGACACGUUAGCUGCUGACCCGCCCGUCCUGGAAGAGGAUGGGGACGAGCCGGAGGGGGCUACUCCGGGCACGGCGCCGCCUGGCCACGCCGGGGGCCGCUACCCCAGCUUCGCCAACGGCGCGGUUCCGGAUAGCGACACGCACCCCAGCACGGGGAGUGAGAGCGACUCCAGCCCCCGGCAAGGCGGGGACCACAGCUGCGAGGGCUGCGACGCGUCCUGCUGCAGCCCCUCGUGCUACAGCUCCUCGUGCUACAGCACGUCCUGCUACAGCAGCUCCUGCUACAGCGCCUCCUGCUACAACGGCAACAGGUUCGCCAGCCACACGCGCUUCUCCUCCGUGGACAGCGCCAAGAUCUCUGAGAGCACCGUCUUCUCCUCGCAAGACGACGAGGAGGAGGAGAACAGCGCGUUCGAGUCGGUGCCGGACUCGGUGCAGAGCCCUGAGCUGGACCCGGAGUCCGCGAAUGGCGCCGGGCCGUGGCAAGAUGAGCUGGCCGCCCCUGGCGGGCACGUGGCAAGAGCCACGGAAGGUCUGGAAUCCCCCGUGGCAGGUCCAAGCACUCGGAGAGAAGACUGGGAAGCUCGAAUUGACAGCCAUGGGCGGGUCUUUUAUGUGGACCACGUGAACCGCACAACCACCUGGCAGCGUCCAACGGCAGCAGCCACCCCGGAUGGGAUGCGGAGAUCGGGGUCCAUCCAGCAGAUGGAGCAACUCAACAGGCGGUAUCAAAACAUCCAGCGAACCAUUGCAACAGAGAGGCCUGAGGAAGAUUCUGGCAGCCAAAGCUGUGAGCAAGUCCCAGCAGGAGGAGGUGGAGGUGGAGGGAGUGACUCAGAAGCUGAAUCUUCCCAGUCGAGCUUAGAUCUGAGGAGAGACGGGUCACUUUCUCCGGUGAACUCACAGAAAAUCACCUUGCUGCUGCAGUCCCCAGCGGUCAAGUUCAUCACGAACCCCGAGUUCUUCACUGUGCUGCAUGCCAAUUAUAGUGCCUACCGAGUCUUCACCAGUAGCACCUGCUUAAAGCACAUGAUCCUGAAAGUCCGCCGGGACGCCCGCAAUUUCGAACGCUACCAGCACAACCGGGACCUGGUGAAUUUCAUCAACAUGUUCGCAGACACUCGGCUGGAACUGCCCCGAGGCUGGGAGAUCAAAACGGACCAGCAGGGAAAGUCUUUCUUCGUGGACCACAACAGUCGAGCUACCACUUUCAUUGACCCCCGAAUCCCUCUUCAGAACGGUCGUCUUCCCAACCAUCUGACUCACCGACAGCACCUCCAGCGGCUCCGCAGCUACAGCGCAGGAGAGGCUUCAGAAGUCUCUAGAAACAGAGGAGCCUCUUUACUGGCCAGGCCAGGACACAGCCUAGUAGCUGCUAUUCGGAGCCAACAUCAACAUGAGUCAUUGCCACUGGCAUAUAAUGACAAGAUUGUGGCAUUUCUUCGCCAGCCAAACAUUUUUGAAAUGCUGCAAGAGCGUCAGCCAAGCUUGGCAAGAAACCAUGCACUCAGGGAGAAAAUCCAUUACAUUCGGACUGAGGGUAAUCACGGGCUGGAAAAGUUGUCCUGUGAUGCAGAUCUGGUCAUUUUGCUGAGUCUCUUUGAAGAAGAGAUCAUGUCCUACGUCCCCCUGCAGGCUGCCUUCCACCCUGGGUACAGCUUCUCUCCCCGCUGUUCACCCUGUUCCUCACCUCAAAACUCCCCAGGUUUACAGAGAGCCAGUGCAAGAGCCCCUUCACCCUACCGGAGAGACUUCGAGGCCAAGCUCCGCAAUUUCUACAGAAAACUGGAAGCCAAAGGAUUUGGUCAGGGUCCAGGGAAAAUUAAGCUCAUUAUUCGUCGGGAUCACUUGUUGGAGGGAACCUUCAAUCAGGUGAUGGCCUAUUCCCGGAAAGAGCUCCAGAGAAACAAGCUCUACGUCACCUUUGUUGGAGAGGAGGGCCUGGACUACAGCGGCCCUUCCCGAGAGUUCUUCUUCCUUUUGUCUCAGGAGCUCUUCAACCCUUACUACGGACUCUUUGAGUACUCCGCUAAUGACACUUACACAGUGCAGAUCAGCCCCAUGUCUGCUUUCGUAGAAAAUCAUCUUGAAUGGUUCAGGUUUAGUGGUCGCAUCCUAGGCCUGGCUCUGAUCCACCAGUACCUCCUCGACGCUUUCUUCACGAGGCCCUUCUACAAGGCGCUGCUGAGACUGCCCUGUGACUUGAGUGACCUGGAAUAUCUGGAUGAGGAAUUCCACCAGAGCUUGCAAUGGAUGAAGGACAACAAUAUCACGGAUAUCUUAGACCUCACUUUCACUGUUAACGAAGAGGUUUUUGGACAGGUCACAGAAAGGGAGUUGAAGUCUGGAGGAGCCAACACGCAGGUGACGGAGAAGAACAAGAAGGAGUACAUCGAGAGGAUGGUGAAGUGGCGGGUGGAGCGCGGCGUGGUGCAGCAGACGGAGGCGCUGGUGCGCGGCUUCUACGAGGUGGUAGACUCAAGGCUGGUGUCCGUGUUCGAUGCCAGGGAGCUGGAGCUGGUGAUCGCCGGCACUGCAGAAAUCGACCUGAACGACUGGCGGAACAACACCGAGUACCGGGGAGGCUAUCACGAUGGGCACCUUGUGAUCCGCUGGUUCUGGGCUGCGGUGGAACGCUUCAAUAACGAGCAGAGACUGAGAUUGCUUCAGUUUGUCACGGGGACAUCCAGUGUGCCCUACGAAGGCUUCGCGGCCCUCCGAGGGAGCAAUGGGCUUCGGCGUUUCUGCAUAGAGAAAUGGGGGAAGAUCACGUCCCUCCCCAGGGCGCACACAUGCUUCAACCGACUGGAUCUUCCACCGUAUCCCUCAUACUCCAUGUUGUAUGAAAAGCUGUUAACAGCAGUAGAAGAAACCAGCACCUUUGGACUUGAGUGAGGACAUGGAACCUCGCCUGGCAUUUUCCUGGCCAGUGACAUCACCCUUCCUGGGAUGAUCCACCCUUCCCUUUCCCUUAAUCAACUCUCCUUUGAUUUUGGUAUUCCAUGAUUUUUAUUUUCAAACCAAAUCAGGAUUGACAAAAGCUGUGCAUGAAGAACUGCCUUCUUCUAAGAUCUAACCUUCAGGCUUCUCUCCUCUGUUUUCAAUGAACUGCUAGCCUGUAUGCAAUAUUAAAAAUAACAGCUGUCU